CCAUCCCCCGCCCGGCAUCCCGCCCGGUGCGCUGCGGUGUCCCCGCCCGCAGCGGCGGCAGCGCGGCCGGGCACGGCGACCUGCGCAACGCCGCCCGCUCCGCAGAGAUGGCGAGUGCAGAGCCCGGCUCUGGGGAGGCAGCUGAGGCUGCAGAGGCCGAGUACGAGGUGAUGCCGUGGGACAGGACGGAGCAGAGCCAGCGGCUGGCCGUGGACGAGCUCAUCAGCAGCGAGGCCAGCUACGUGCACAACCUGCAGCUGUGCGUGUGCGACAUCCGGGCGCACCUCCGGGACAAGCAGCUGCCCGGGCUGGACCUGGAAGGACUCUUCUCUAACACCGACGACAUCCUCCACGUCUCCAGACGGUUUCUGAAGGGGCUGGAGGCCACGGCCGGCCAGGGGCAGGAGCAGCUGCUCUGCAUCAGCACGCUGUUCCAGGAGUUCAAGGAGGAGAUGGAGACUGUCUACAAGAUCUACUGUGCCAGCUAUGACCAUGCCCUGCAGCUGGUGGAGAGCUACCGCAGGGACCCCCGGCUGCAGGAGGAGAUCCUGGCCACCCUGAAUGCCACCGUGCCUCACACGGGCGCGUCAGACCUCAGCUUCUUCCUGGUGAUGCCCGUGCAGAGGGUCACCAAAUACCCUCUGCUGCUGGGGAAGAUCCUGGAGAACACCCCGAGCAGUGCCAGUGCCCACUCAGCCCUGCAGGCAGCGGCUCGUGCCAUGGCCCAGGUCAAUGCCAACAUCAACGAGCACAAACGGCGCAGGGAAGUGGCGACCAAAUACAACAAGGCCGAGCAGCUGACGCUGCGGGACCGCCUGGCACGCCUCAACGCCCACUCCAUCGCCAAGAAAACCACGCGCUUCAGCCGGCUCCUCAUGCACGAGACUGGCAUCGUGGCCAAGACUGAGGACAAGGAAUAUGACGACCUGGAAGAGAAGUUCCAGUGCGUGGCGUCCAGUGUGGCCACGCUGAAGGAGAACGUGGCGUCCUACCUGGGCCACUUAGAGGUGUUCCUGCUGCCCGCCCCGCACCGGCGUGAGCUGCAGAUGGAGCAGGGACCAGCCCAGCAGCAUCGCCGCCUCUCCGAGCUCCUCCACAGCACCGUUUUCCCUGAAUUUAAGCAGCGUGUGGACAGGCUGGUGUGGCAGCCCCUCUGCAGCCUCUCAGACACGCUGGAGGGGCCCCAGCAGCUGGUCAAGAAGCGCCUGGACAAGCUGCUGGACUACGAGAAGAUCCAGGAGAGGAAGAGCGAGGUGGGCAGCGUGAGCUACGACGAGGAGGCAGCCAUGAACACCUACCUGGCCAUCAAUGACCUGCUGGUGGCCGAGCUCCCCCAGUUCAACCAGGUGGCCGUGCAGCUCCUGGGCCAGAUCCUGCGCUCCUUCAGCGCCCUGCAGCUGGACUUGGCCACCCAGGUCCUGCACCACGCAGAGAAGGAGCUGGAGCAGCUGCCCCAUGGCCACAUGCCCCUGCCCAGCUUCUGGAAGGUGGUGGAGGACAGCCUGCAGCAGUCGGGUGCCCAGCUCCGUGCCUUCUGCCAGGCCUUUGAGACGGUCACACCCAGCCCUGGCACACAGCCUCUGACCCCUGCUGAGGAGAGGAAGGUCCUUUCCCUUGUGAGCAAGCACGGCCCAGACAAGCUGUACCAAGUGACCAGCAACAUCAGUGGCAGCAGAGACUUGGACCUGACCCUGCUGAGGGGACAGAUCGUGGCUCUGCUGCAGAGCGCCGACACCAGGGGCAACACCAGCAGGUGGCUGGUGGAUGCUGGAGGUCCCCGAGGGUUUGUUCCUGCUGCCAAACUCCGGCCCUACAGCCCUGCACAAGUGCAGCAGCCUGUGCUGCAGCUGCUGGGCCUGGACGGUGGCACUGAGGGGAGGAGACAUUCCUGUGCAGCCCCUGAAGCUCCCAGGCCACAGGUGGCCACCUUCACCCCAACAUUCCAGGUGGUCGCCGGCUUCUCCUUCGCCGCCCGGAGCCCGCAGGAGCUGAGCCUGCAGGCGGGGCAGCCCGUGCAGCUGCUGGAGCCCCACGACAAGAAGGGCAGCACGGAGUGGAGCCUGGUGGAGGUGAACGGCCAGAGGGGCUACGUGCCCUCCAGCUACCUGGUGACCGUCCCCGUGCAGGAGCCCGCGGGCUGGAGCUUGCCCGUGUGAGCGUGGCAGCCCCGGCAAGGGCACGGAUGGCAGCUUGGCACCUGAGGACACCUCACAGGAGAUGCUGGAGGGAGGCAGCCCCCGGCUGGGAAGGUGGUGGGACAAAGCCCAGGGACGUGGGCACGAGGAUGGCACUUGGGAGGCGCCUUUGGAUGGGAGGUGUGAGGGUGCCAGGUCCCGUGUGUGUGUUGGCACAAAGCAGAGCAGCACCAGGGAGUGAGUGAGGGCAGGGGGCUGCAGUUAUCCAGGGAUUUGCUGAAAUCUCUGCAAGUGGCAAAUGUGUCCUGGGGUGAUGAGGCAGCAUCGCCCUGGUUAGAGCAGGACUGAGCAGCAAAGUGCAGCCUGCAGAGGGGUCCUCAGCCAGGCACUCGGACACCUGGGCACUGAGCACCUGGGCACUGGGGCACUUGGGCACCUGAAGCACUUGGGCACUGGGCACCUGAGCACAGGAGAAUUUGGCUACCUGGGCACCUGAGAAUUUGGCUACUUGGACACCCAAGUGCCUGAGAAUUUGGCUACUUGGGCAUCUGAGUACCUGAGAAACUGGGCACCUGAGUGCCUGAGCUUUGGACACUGGGCAGAUGGGUACUGGGCACCUGAGUACAGGAGAAUUUGGCUACCUGGGCACCUGAGAAAUUUUCUACCUGGGCAUCUGAGUACCUGAGAAACUGGCCACCUAGAAUUUGGCUACCUGGGCACCUGAGUACGUGAGAAAUUGAGCACCUGAGUACCUGAGGAUUUCGCUUCCUGGGUACCUCAGUACCUGAGAAACUGGGCACUUGGGCACCUGAGAAUUUGGCUACCGUGGCACCUGAGGAUUUGGCUACCGCGGCACCUGAGUGCCUGAGCCUUGGGCACUGGGCAGAUGGGCACUGGGCACUUGAGUACCUGAAAAAUUUGCUACCUGGGCACCUGAGGAUUUGGCUACCUGGGUACUCGAGGAUUGGCUGCCCGGGCACUGAGGAUUUGGCUGCCUGGGCACUGAGGGUUUGGUUACCUGGGCACUGAGGAUUUGGUUACCUGGGCACUGAGGGUUUGGCUACCUGGGCACUGA